UUCUGCCGCUGGGUUGAACCACUCAGAGUUCCGGUCAUCUUCAUAACCGAUUUUCAGUGCAUGGGUUGGGCAUACGCAGUUCCUUUGGUAAAUGAAAACAGCGGUGUUUCGAUUCCGCAAACGUUGCCGAACGGAGUGCGGCGAUGGAAGUACGCCGUGUCGGACAAUCGAAGGAACGACCGUGAUACGCAACAUUUAGCGUACGACUAUGGCCGUGAUUUUUUGCCGAAAUGCCUUGUUGGAAGAAGCCCUCAAGACAAACUCAACCCUCGCACUUGCUCAAUGCAUUUUUUGGGUGCGUUUUUCCCUUGCCAAUUUUUUUAAGCAAUGUAAGCAGGGGUUUUCGUUCUGUAUGACGUAGACAAGCUGCAUACUUUAGUCAAUAAAGUAAGUAGACUGUAAAUACGUCAGUGACAAGCUUGCACAAGGUUGCGAUUUCCUUCUUUUUGCCGUCGCUUGUAUGCAAAUAUGGCGGUUUUUUUCUGUGAUAUGUCAUUUUAAUGUGCGUGAGUGGUGGAAGGACGGUACUGGAACGGCCACUUUUUAAAUUUUUUUGCCUAUAACUUCUGUGUAUCUUCCGUGGGCUAUGAUGACUGCAUAUGCAAGACUUUUUAAUGUCCGCAAAGAAUUUCGGUGAGCAGGUUGACGAUGGUUAUAAAAUGGCAUCGACCCAAGAGAUCCCUCACCCCCCAGCAAAGGCAACAAUUCCUAACUGCAACAGCAACCAAAAAUGCAUUUCACAACCAUCCUCAUACCUGCCUUCACUCUCCUCACCGCCGUCCAAGGCGCCAGCGUACCCGCGUGGCAUCCCCCGGCUCCAACAGACGUCCGCUCACCCUGCCCGGCUCUUAAUGCCCUUGCCAAUCACGGAAUUUUGCCCCGCUCCGGCAAGGAUAUCACACCAAAGCAAUACAUCGACGCAAUGAGCCAAAUUGGCGUUGCGGUCGAUCUUGGAGCCUCGUUGGCCUACGCGUCUCCUUUCCUCGUUCCAAGUCGUAAAAACGCCCAAGGCGAGACUGUCUUUGGACUGGAUGACCUGAGGAAACAUGGUGGAAUCGAACACGAUGCCAGUCUUACGCGCAAUGAUUUCAACACCUCUCCCAAUCACGACAACUUUUCCUUCAACCAAACCUUGUAUGAUCAACUCAUUUCCUUGAAAAAUCCCACUACCGGCCGACUUGACACGGACUCCCUAGCCAAGGCUCGGUUCUUGCGCCAAUCCGAGUCGAAAGCCACCAACCCCGCUCCAGUCUUUGACGUCAAGCAAGAUCUCCUCGCUCACGGUGAAGCCGCAUUGUUGCUUACGGUCUUUGGAAACCAGUUCGAUAGCCAGGUACCUGUAAAUGUGGCCGAAUCGAUCCUGGCAAAGGAGAAAUUGCCCUUUGAAGAGGGGUGGGUUCCCGCCAAGCUGCCAGUUGGAAUUCUCAAAGUUACGGCAGUUUCGCAGGUGAUUAAGAGUAAGGAGGGUGCCUUGGCCAAAGGUGGUCAGUAA